AGGUGAGUGUACUUUCUACAUUUUCAGCCCUGCACCCCCCCAGGGAUACGGAAAUAUCGAAUGCCACCAGAACCAGGAGCUGCCAGGGUGCACCAUGGGAAGGCAGAUGAUCCAGAUGUGGCCAGCACUCUUGUUCAUGGCAUGAGGAACAUCCCAUGUCCUACUGUCAGAAGCCUGAUAAAUCCUCCCCUGAAGUCUGUGUUCCAAAAUAAGCUUCUCGAGCUCCGUGAAGCAGAAACUCAGAUGGAACCUCCCCCAUCGUGUCAUGAAGAAGCUGCCUUCGGUGACAAAACUAUUUGGGAUCAUGAUAUGUGGGAUAUUAUUAAUCCUCCAAAAACAGCCGAGCAGAUUGAGGCGGCUGCUCAGGUGGGGCAUGAAAAUUAUAUCCGCACCCACAAUGCCUAUUUUUCCGGUGAGCAGAUUGACAGGAAGUACGACUGGGGUCAGGAGACUAAGGACAGCAGGUUCGGGAAGGCCACGCCUCAUCAUGACGACGGACGCACUGCCGGCAAAACUCUGUGCUGGUACGGGGAGUCGCGGAGGUUUUACAAUCCAAAGACUGUUUGGACAAGAUCUGGGGACAAGGACAGGAUGCAGCCAAAAUCUGACAAAGCUAACCAGAUGAGGAGAAAUCCCUUGAACGUCUCCCCGGACCACAUCUUUGGACUGCUCAAGCCGCUGGAUGAAUUCGGUGCUGGAGAGGUCAUCCACUCCACGGAGCCCGGGCAGUACGUGAGGAUCCCAGGCCGGCAGCACAGCCUGGUCAGCGCAGUGCGAAUCCAUCUCAAGAGCCUCAACUUCCAGAACUUUCCCUCCCUGCUGCAGGCGUUCAGGCAUUAUGACCAGAGCGGAAAGGGGAUGAUUAACAGAGACGACCUUCUGGCAGUUUGCCGUCAGUUCCAUCUGGAGGUGGACGAGUCGGUGGUGGAUGACCUGAUCGAUUACUGUGACACCGACAAGGACGGACACAUCAACUUCCUGGAGUUCGCCAAUUUCCUCAACUGGAAGGACAGGAUGCCAAUCGACGCUCGGGAUCGAUACGUCAUGAUGAAUGGUCAGUGUAACUCCAACACAGCUCCAGCAGAAAUAGACAUGACGUCUUUGUCCCAAUCAGAACCGCUUCCCGCUGCUCAGGCCUUGAUUAAACCUGAAGACAUGGAGCCUGUAGGACCACACAGCACAAAGACGACCGUUCGGACCCUGAGGCGACUCCAGGAGGCCCCCGACCACUUCAUCACCUCCGCUUCCUUCAUCGGAGGACACAGAGACCGUCCUCUCACACCAAACAUAGACAGUCGCACAUACGGGGUCCCGUCUGUGCGCUCCGACCUUCCAGCGCCGCGCAUCGCCCGAGUCACCGACCGCAUCAACUACGGUGACAAGCCCUCGGUGGCAGAUCUCCUGAAUCCAUCGGUGGCCGCCCUCCAAGGUGCCUACAAGGAACACUUCUUCUGUCCUCGCACCAAGGAGGAGAUCGCAGAGAUCUUCAGGAAUGUGGGCGUGGAGCUUUCAGAGGAAACCUUCGAGGAGGCCUGGCUCCUGGCGUCCAUGAGGCAGCCGGACGGGGACGUUUGUGUCCAGGGUUUCAGCGACGUCCUCAAGGAAAUACAGGCCAUGUGAUUCUGAGGAGGUUUCUUACGAACACAAUGCUUCCCCACCACAGUCGAUAAUUAACUCUAAAUAGAGUUACUCUAUAGAGUUUUCUUUCUUUCAAUGGUCGUAGGUAAAUCAGAUUGAAAUAAAAAGAACUGAAACAUAGCGUGUGCAGCAAAAGCAGAAUAUUUGUUUCACAGCCAAAAGAAAACAUACUGGUAAAGACACAACGAUAAUGUUAAAAUCUUAGUAAAAUAUCGGUAACUUCAUUGAAAGAAGUUAUUAAAGAGCCAGAAAUACAUUUAAAUUGCUUAAUCUUUAACAAUGGAACACGUUUAUAUGAACACAUGAAUCACCCGCUCGAUAUUAAAAUGAAUAAUACUCUUGAGAGUGAUGCACACUUACAUUAAUCAACUCAUUACUGAAAUCCAGAGAAACUAAACUUUACAUCUUGAACUUUGUGCCUUUGGAGUCGCUUUGAUCCGGCAGAAAUAGCUGAAUCAAAUAAAUAAGAACUGUGUUUUGACUCCACUGAAAACAACAAACUGAGGAAAGCAGCACUGAUUAGAACUUCUUCUUAAAAAACGAAACAUUUUUAAUGGCUACCAUCAGACUAAUGUGUCUUGUCAUAUGAGCCUUUAUCUGAGCUUCCUCUCGACCUAUUUUUAGGAUUAUAUUUUUUUUCUGGAGCGCUGCCUUUUCCUUUUAUUUCACGAAUUCUGCUGGGAGCCACGCAGCAGUUUCUGGCAGAGCACCCAUUCAAAAAAAAAGAGGGGUUAUGAAAAAAGACCUACUGCACCUGUUAUACAUUUUUCAAUAUGUUGCGAUAUCUUACACCAUCAAGUCGGUUUGUAUGUGAUGCCAGGGUGGAGAAGUGAGCUGCACCUUUAAAACUUUGAGGUGAAGUGUUCUCAUCUUCUGUCUGGUUUGUGGAUCAGGUUUAUUCUAUCAAUACAAAACAACAACU